GCCUCUGCUGAAGAAGCAGAAAUAGACCUCAAGCUAUUCCUCUCUGGAGCAGUGUGUACAUUCACUGGACACAGGAUUUUCUGUGCCUUUAUUUGCUUGAAGUCAUGGGUCAGCUGUUCUCUUCACCUAAGAGUNAGGACCAAGAUUUGGCCUCCAGCUUUAGUGAAUAUUUUAAGAAAUUUAAGACAGAAAGCAACAUCAUUUCUCAGGAGAUCAUCACUUCCAUUGAAUUAAGCAUGACAAAAGGGAACAUUCAGAGGGUAAAUGCUGCAAUCAGUGAUGUAUUAAAAGAAAUUGAUAGAACCCCGCUCAAUGUGGCUGUCACCGGGGAGACUGGAUCAGGGAAGUCCAGCAUCAUCAAUAGCCUGAGAGGCAUUGGACCUGAAGAGAAAGAUGCAGCUGAAACGGGGCCGGUGGAGGUAACCAUGGAGAGACAUCCAUACAAACACCCCAAUAUUCCCAAUGUGGUUUUUUGGGACCUUCCUGGGAUUGGAAGCACAAAGUUCCCACCAAACACUUACCUGGAGAAAAUGAAGUUCUAUGAGUAUGACUUCUUCAUUAUUAUUUUGUCCACACGCUUCAGGAAAAAUGAUGUAGAACUUGCCAAAGCAAUCAGCAUGAUGAAGAAGGAAUUCUACUUCGUGAGAGCCAAGGUAGACUCUGACUUAUAUUAUGAAGAGAAAUUCAAACCUCAAACCUUUGACAGAGAAAAGGUCCUGCAGAACAUCCGCCUUAACUGUGUGAACAGCUUUCAGGAGAAUGGCAUUGCUGAGCCACCAAUCUUCCUGAUCUCUAACCUCCAUCUUUGUGACUAUGACUUCCCCANCCUGAUGGACAGGCUGAUAAAUGAUCUUCCUGUCUACAAGAGACAUAAUUUUAUGCUCUCCUUACCCAAUAUUACCGAUUCGGUCAUUGAAAAGAAGCGCCAAUUUCUGAAGCAGUGGAUUUGGCUGGAAGGCUUUGGUGCUGACCUACUGAGUAUCAUCCCUUCACUGACCCACCUCCNCUUGGACAGUGAUUUGGAGACUCUGGAGAAAAGCAUGAAGUUCUACC